GCACGAACGUGGGACGCUCGGUCUUCAUUUACGAUCUUGGGAGGUUCCCGGGAUGCGGGCGACGAUAGUACCGCUAUACGAGACAAACAAGUUGCUUAAACGAGACCAGUAUCGCCUCGACUACCGACAGUAAAGUCAUGAAGCUGCAAAACAUCGUCAAGUACUUAGUUUGCAUCUCGGCAAUAAAUUUAGGGACAACUUAUUGCAUCGAACGCGUCAUCGAUUCUUCCAUUAAUAAUUGGACUGGCUCAAGACAUGAACGCGGCGUUCUGGACUUGUUGUUUGGAGGAUUUCGAUCGUGUGGCGUCUGCUUAUGUGGCAGGACAAAUCGCAAAGCAGCGCGGUUGUUGGGCGGUGAGAAUACGGAAUCUCACGAGUUUCCCUGGCUCGCUAAUAUUCACACAAGCUCCGGAUUAUUAGUUAGCGGAGUGCUAAUAAACGAUCGUUACGUCAUGACAGCAGCUAGCGAGCUCGUCGGAUUAACUGCACCUGAAGUAAAAGUAUCUUUGGGAGAAUACGACCGAUGCACGUUCGACAUUUCGUCGGUGAAUAUUAGCGUCGAAUCCAUAACUUUGCAUCCAGAGUUCAAUCCGGAGGCACACACUCACGAUUUGGCUUUGAUUCGUCUGAGUCGACCGAUCAAAUUCGAGAAGAGAAUAUCGCCAAUAUGUCUACCCAACCCAGGAUCAACCUAUCUUGGCCAAGUUGGCACUUUGGUAGGUUGGACCGUGAGCAAAAUUGACGAUAACGCUAACGUUCGGACAUGCAGACCGCGAAAACUGGGACUUCCUAUUUUGGGAUACAAUGAAUGUAUCAAGUCGGGAAUAAAUCCGAUGAAUUUCAACGACGAUUACGGAUGCAUUGGAGUUGUAGGCACAAGUUCUCUAGUGUGCGAGAAUGACGUCGGAUCUUCCUUGCAAUAUCGUUCAUACGCUGGAAUUUACGACCUCAUUGGUAUUAUUCCGAGUGUGAAUAAAUGCGACAACACUCCUAGACCAACCGUCUUUACGAGAGUGGGCCCACGACUCGAUUGGAUAUUACAACAUACUAAAGAUGCGUGUUAUUGUACAAAAUAACAACAGCCGAUCCCACGAUAAAAAAUAUUAUAUAUAUUACAUAAUAUAUUAUAAUAUAAUGUUUUAUCAUUAUUAUCUUCACCGCUAUACUUUAGAAAGUACACAAAACCAAAAAUCACUUGUUUAAAAUACAUGUAUAACAAUUGCAAUUAUUGUACACAUAUACAUGUAAAAAAAUAUAAAAAUUAUUUUUUAUCAA